AUGGAAGGGGGCUGCCCCAGACCUACGCAACACACGGCAGGUGGAAGGUCCAGAGACAAGGCAGCAGCUCAUGUAGCCGCAGAGACAGGAGGAGCCCCGGUGCCCCCCAAGCGGGAGCCAGCGGCGAUGGCGGGGCAAGGCCCUGUCGGCCUGGAGGUGCUGGAGCAGGUGAGGGAAACGCACAGCCCAGACCUGGCCGAGGGCUCUGCUCCUCGCAGGCAGGGGUGCAAUGUGAAAGUGUAGGCUGCUGAGCCGCGCAGCGUGGAGGGCUGUCACCGGCCCAAGGUACUGCGGGAACUGACCCCCGCCGUCACCAUCGCAGAUGCAGUUAAAACCAGCAUCGGACCAAAGGCACGGCCCAUCAUCAGGGAUUUGGUUGAUGACGUCGUGACAGUCUCAGAGGAAGAAAUCAAGCGAGCCACACGGCUAGUGUGGGAAAGGAUGAAGCUGCUGAUUGAGCCAACAGCGGGUGCUCUCCAGCAGUUCCAGACAGUCCCCCGGGACAUGGAGAACGUUUGCAUCGUGCUGUGCAGGGGAAACGUGGACCUGAGCUCCCUGACCUGGCUCACAGACCUCCCUGGGAAAGCGGAACGAGAACAGAGCAGUGUCUCGAGGAACGGAAACCUCACUCUGAAUUUAUACAGUCCGGUUUGUGCACUACUAGAAAAACAGAUGAACAACCCCAACCAUUUGGUUGUGGGGGGGAUAAGGGAAGCUGGUGUUGGUCUCUAGAGCACGGAGUCGCUUGGUUCCAAAGCAAAGGGUCACUGCUGGGAAGGGGGGCCUGGAAGCAAAGCACUGCCUGUUCCCCCCUGCUCCCCAGCUCUGGGACAGACCUCCAGCAAGCUGCGCUCACUCCCCCCCUGCUACC